AUGACGACGGUUGAAACUGCAGAGGAAAGGAAACCCAGGCAUGCCGAGGUCCGCUCCACCAUGAGCCACUUCCGCAACAAGGAAGGCAUGCUCAUCAGGACCUACGCCUCCAUUGUCAGUGACGCGAAGGGUUCCAUCGUUUUGGUGCACGGCAACCGCUGCCACUACAGGGCGGAGUUCGCCGCGUACAACAUGAACUGGUACCUAGACACCUUCAAGAUUGGCGAACCGCAGGUCGAUGACAUCGUGGCGAAGGAGCUACAGGCUGUCUACCCGAGGGGCGCCGACAAUUUGCUUAGGAAGGCGAGUUCCAAGGGUGAGAAGGGGUUCGACAUCGACGGCCAGAACUUCUUCGACCUCUCGCCCAGGUUCGUGUACGAGGGCAGCUUCAUAAACAAGCUCAACGAGCUCGGCUACAACGUGUACGGACUCGACCACCAGUCCCACGGCAUGUCGGAGGGUUUGAAGGGGAGGCGCAACUACUAUCUGGACCUCGAAAACAUUGUCGACGACGUCAUCCAGUUCAUCGACAUUGUCAAGAGGGGCCAGUUCGAAAACACCGAGGAAAGGUACACUGAGGGCGUCAUUGGCGGGCCGUCCCAAAUUGGCAAGAUCUACCUCGCUGGCAUCUCCAUGGGCGGCUUCAUUGUGCUCAGGACCGCGCAAAAGACGGCCAUAUACAACCAGGACAACCACAUGUUCGUCGACGGGUUGAUCGCGUUCGCGCCCAUGUGCGACCUCUCCUCCUACACCGCAAGCCUCGGCAGGAAGAUACAGCUGCUCGUCACCAAGAUGCUGGCCUGCUGCUGUCCCGCCGCAACGUGCAUGGUACCCAACGAUAGGAUAAUCAACAACAUGAACACCUUCGUCAGGGGACAGGAUCCGCACUUCUUCAAUGGCAAGCAGUGCUACGGCGUUAUUCUGAGUCUGAUUGCCGCCACCAAGACGUUGCACAAAAACUACCAUUUGUACCCGGAAAACCUGCCUACGCUCGUCGUCCACUGUGAUGGAGACGACACGGUUUCGGUUAAGGGUUCCCGUGAGCUCACCGGCAAGAUCCUGAAGGACCACAAGGACCUGAAAUAUGUCGAGCUCAAAGGAAAUGUACACUGCCUCACCUCCGUCCUCUACAACGAAAACAUUAUGCCCCAUGUAUCCGAGUGGCUCGCUAGGGUGAACGCGUGA